AUGUCCAAGUUCAUUGCCCCCCUCGUGGUGGCCGCUUUGGCUGCUUGUGUGGUGGCUUCACCUGUUGCUGAGCCUGCCAUCACUGCUGCGCCAAACCUGGCCAAGAGAGCUACCAGCUGUACAUUCUCAGGUUCCAGUGGAGCUGCCAGCGCUAGUGCUUCUCAGAAGUCCUGCUCCACCAUUAUCCUGUCGGCUGUCGCUGUGCCUUCUGGAACCACCCUUGAUCUCAGUGAUCUGGAAGAUGAUACCACUGUCAUCUUUGAAGGCGAGACCACCUGGGGCUACGAAGAGUGGGAUGGUCCCUUGCUCCAGAUCUCCGGCACUGGCAUUACUAUUAAGGGUGCUUCUGGUGCUUACCUCAAUGGUGAUGGCUCCCGCUGGUGGGACGGUGAAGGAAGCAAUGGUGGUGUGACCAAGCCCAAGUUCUUCUACGCCCACGAUCUUACCGACUCCACCAUCACGGACCUGUAUAUCGAAAAUACCCCCGUGCAGGCUGUCAGCAUUGAUGGAUGUGAUGGAUUGACCAUCACUGAUAUGACUAUCAACAACGAGGCCGGUGCCAGCCUCGGAGCUAACACCGACGGAUUCGAUAUUGGUGACAGUACCAGUGUCGUUAUUACCGGUGCAGAGGUGUACAACCAGGAUGAUUGUGUCGCUAUCAACUCUGGAACGGAUAUCACAUUCGAGAACGGUGUCUGCUCCGGUGGACACGGUUUGUCAAUUGGCAGUGUUGGCGGCCGUAGCGACAACACUGUCAACACUGUGACCUUCUACAACAAUGAAGUCAAGUCAUCCGUCAACGGUAUCCGCAUCAAGGCCACCGAGGGAGACACUGGCACCAUUACCGGUGUUACUUACAGCGAGAUCACACUUUCGGAUAUUUCCAAGUACGGUAUCCUGAUCGAGCAAAACUACGAUGGCGGUGAUCUCAAGGGAACUGCCACCAGCGGUGUCCCCAUCACAGACCUUGUUAUUGAGAACAUCUCCGGUGUUGAUGCCGUUGCAUCGGGCGGUUACGACGUCGUCAUUGUUUGUGGAAGCGAUGCAUGCUCUGACUGGACUUGGACUGAUGUUGAUGUCACUGGUGGAACCACUUACAGUGGCUGCACCAAUGUCCCCAGUGGAAUUAGCUGCAGCUAA